AUGUCUACAGCCGAAGUCUCAACGGCGCCGGCGCCGAACGCGGCCCCGCAAAAGAGAGUAUGGUACCAUACAACUCUCUUCAACGCCUUUGUCAUCGGCGGCGUCGGCUUUCUGGCGCCCGGUUUAUGGAAUGCAAUGAACUCACUCGGCGCUGGUGGCGCGCAGGAGCCGUUCCUCGUGAACGCCGCCAAUGCGCUGGUUUUUGCGAUCAUGGGGUUUCUUUGCCUUUUCGGCGCGCCCCUGGCGAAUCGCAUUGGGCUUUCCUGGACCCUUUUUCUUGGCGCCGUUGGAUACCCCAUCUAUUCUGCCGGUCUUUAUACAAACAAUCGCUACGGCAAUGUGUGGCUGGUGCUCGUGGGUGCAGUGGCAUGCGGCUUCAGUGCAGGCUUGUUUUGGGCCAGUGAAGGUGCUGUUGCCCUGGGGUAUCCCGAGCCUGGCAAACGUGGCCGAUACAUGAAUAUCUGGCUGUGGUUCCGGACUGGUGGCCCUCUUGUCGGUGGUGCCAUCGUCCUUGCGCUCAACAACAACGCCGCAGCGAAAACGAAGGGCAAGGUGGACUCUCAUACGUACCUUAUCUUUGUCGCCCUGCAGUGCGUGGCAGCGCCGAUGGCCCUCGCACUUUCGCCACCGGAAAAGGUCCAACGCGCCGAUGGGAGUAAGGUGGUAAUAAAGGCUGAAAAGUCAUUCAAGGCUGAGUUCAAGGCGCUCUGGGAGGCGAGCAAGCGAAAGGACAUCCUGUUACUGUUACCAAUCUUUUGGGCCGCCUACUUCAAUCAGUACUCUGGCAACUUUCAAACAUAUUACUUUGGAGUCAGAGCUCGAGCACUCAUUGGAUUUGUCAGCAACUUUGGAACAUUGUUGUCAUCGCAGAUGAUUAGCACGCUACUGGACUACAAGUCACUAUCGGUCAAGAAGCGUAUUGUGUAUGGGUACUGGUAUGUCGUUGCUUGGCAUAUCAUUGCUUGGGUAUACGGAUGGGUCAUCCAGGAGAAAUACACUGCUAACCCCCCAGCUUAUGAUUGGGAGGACAGCGGUUUUGUUGAAGGAUUCUUCGUUUUACUGCUGUGGGACUUUGCCAGACAGGCUCUGCAAAAUUGGCUAUAUUACCUUGUGGCAACCAAGACCGACAACAUCUCGGAGCUGACUCGAUUCUCCGGCAUCCUGAGAGGCCAGGAGAGCUUCGCUCAGGCUGUUGCCUUCGGCCUGAAUACCAAAAAAUGGGUUGGUGGUCGUGUGCCACUGGCCGUAACUACAAUUCUUCUCGGACUCGCAGCAUAUCCUACAUGGCUGGUUGUUCGCGACCAUGUUCCUGUUGAGUCUGUGUCUUCUGCAAGCUUGGCAGAGGAUUCAGAGGCCGGUACCACUAAAGACUUAGAGACCGACAUUGCGUCGCCAGAAAUGUUGGGUUCUGAGGAAAAGGCGAAGUUUGCGAUCGGAAGAACUAGUAUCUCGAGGGAUGCCGGAAUAUAG